UUGCAGCUCCACUAGUGUGGACUGUGAUAUCUUUCUGCUUACUGCCUUCGAGCCAGGACCCAGCGAGAGUGUGGUUGAGAGAGAGGAGAGAGGGCAAGAGAGCGACAGAGAGAGCGAGAAGGAGCGAGAGAGAGGAGUGGUGGAGGGAUUACAGUUUGGUUUCUUAUAACUGGAAAACUACCAAAGGAGAGAAACGCACCGAGUGAACGAAGGCAUCAACGUAUUCAACGUUCGUUCGCUUCAAACGGAUUCAAGCCAGAAUGGAGCUACCUGCCGCGGGAGAGCACGUCUUUGCGGUGGAGGGUAUCGAAAAGAAGCGCAUUCGAAAGGGCAAAAUAGAAUACCUGGUAAAGUGGAGAGGGUGGUCUCCCAAAUACAACACAUGGGAACCCGAGGAAAACAUCCUUGACCCGCGCCUUCUCGUGGCGUUCCAAAACAGAGAGAGACAGGAACAGUUGAUGGGAUAUCGUAAACGUGGACCAAAACCAAAACAUCUCUUAGUCCAGCUUCCCUCGUUUGCACGGAGAUCCAGCAUCCCUGCUGGAUUCGAGGAGACGUCUCCGGAGACCGAGAACCACCUCAGGUCAGACCCGAUCCAGAUGCACCGCUCCCAGCCCCAACAGUACCAGCUGAACAGCAAGAAGCACCACCAGUACCAGCCCAGCAAACAGGAAGUCUCAGCGGACCAACUAGGCAACGGGAAGAAGAAGUUAUUCUAUCAGCUCAACAGCAAGAAACACCACCACUACCAGCCUGACCCCAAUAUGUACAACACCCAGUCCACCAGGCCCAAAGACGUGGUCAAAGGUCAGGAACCCAGUCCGCCCACCAAUCCCAACCCUGGGUGGAACCUGCCGCCGGCACUGCAGCAGAAAUGGGUUCGCGACAAAAACACGGGCUGCCUGAGCAAAGUCAAAGACGUGACGGUGGUGGAGAUGAAGAAAGCAGCGGUGCGUGUCAACGAGGCUGAGAGCGAAUGCGCCCUGAAGCCCAGCCCAAAGGAGGCAGCCCUACCCAGCGCCGUCAGCAGCAAGAUGAAGAUCAUCAAGAACAAGAACAAGAAUGGACGCAUCGUCAUCGUCAUGAGCAAGUACAUGGACGGCAACAAGGCUGGGGCGGCCAAGGGUAAACACUCUUCAGACUUGACUGGAGAAGAGAAACCUCAACACGCCGAGCAGUCAGACAUGACCAAGGUACAGGGGACCACCAAUGUCCCUAAAGAGAUCUGUAAUGCCAGUUCCCCUCCGGCRGCUGAGCAUCCCAAGAAAUGCUCUCCAGAAGACGGACAUUUCUCCAAACCAUCGCCCAGCACGGCUGAGGAAUACAACACAGAGGUUGCGAGGGGCCAGGCGGACUUACCGGAUGAUCACCCCCUACAGCUAACCACCAACCCAACCCCUUCCCCCUGGGCGAUGGAUACUAGCCUCCCCACCCCUAGCCCUAUGGACCAGAUCCGGACACUCCCCACCACAAAUAACAACCGCAAACGCAAGCUCUCCCACCCCGAGGAGGACAGGGGCGCGUGUAAAAAGUUUCUGAGCUCCAGGAGCAUCAGUGUCCCCAGUGCUGUGCCCACUCCGCCCCAGGACAAACCCAUGGACCUCCACCUCAUUGUCCCCCGCCGGAGCAGCAGUAGCGGGUAUGGGUAUGAGGUUACGGACUCCAGCACCAGUCAGGAAGAACCUAUGGAUCUUAGCUGUUCCAGAACCAGAAAACAACCUGAACCUGAGCCAGUGCCAGAGCCAGAACCAGAGCCUAAGGAUCCAACUGCAGUGGUACAGGAGUCAGAGACGACAACAACGACAACAACAACAGCAACAACAACAACAGAGGAGGCUGAAAAAGAGCCUGUCUUAAAGUUCUCUCCUUUUAUGGGCAACAUUGUCAUCACUGACAUCACCACGAACUGUCUCACGGUCACUUUUAAGGAAUACGUUUCUGUUUAACAGUCCCUGGACCAAUCGAAACAGAGGACUACUGAUUUGACGGCCUUAUCAAUAUGUGUAUAUGUAAAAAGAAACGUGAAGAUUUGUACAUAUGGAGAUUUAUAAUUUAUAAUUCAAAAUCAAUACAUUUCUUAUGAUGUUUUAUACUUCAACUCUCCGGUAAUGUGGUAGCCAAGAAAGUGCCCUCAUGGAUUUCAGUGACUGCAUUCAGGUGGAUGUUAAUUACUAGUGAAAUGUCCAUUAUGAAAUAUCAAGUCAUAUAGAAUAGCUUUUGCUGUUGUGGCUUGAUGGAUAUAUACCAAA